AUGAGAAGGCAUACGCCGACCUUAUACCCUCAUGUAGAGCAGGAUAUCGGCGAAGAUCAGGACGCGGAAUGGCCAGUCUCUCUUUCCCAAUCCCGGAACUCCCAUGUUUCACCUCCACUUUCCUCGACCGGCACUCUAAGUUCUCGAACGAAGUCACGGACGAAGCGUUCUUCCUUUCCAUCCAACCCCAUGCACACACGAUUACGCUCUCUUCAUGAUUCAAAUGUCCAUCCCCGAGUCACAGACGUUUAUUCUCAGUUCGUAAAAAGAUAUCGAUCUACAAAUGGCGAUUCGGACGACCCGCGGAAUGACCCGGAUAGUCAUUAUUUCAACAGAGGGCUUGGGCAGCUGGUGGAUGCAGGAGACAGUGAUGAUGAAGAUUUCUCGAGAGCAACUCUUGCUUCCGGAGCCGAUGGGUUAGAGCGUGUGUCCCUUAUGCUCGAAUCAGAGCCAAUAGAACCCGCGUCUCAAAAGGAAAAGGACCGGCUUAACUGGCAGAUAUAUUUUGCUUCGGUUCUUGGAGGAGAUGUGCUGCGGUCAGAGAAGUCACGGAUAGCAACUGUGCUGGAGGCUUCUGUAGACGAACAGAACCCUCACCUAAACACUUGGCUUGGUAUACGCGCUAAAAUCCACGGGCGUUCCGUCAAGGAGGAACGUGAAGCUUUGGAAAAUCGCAGGAUGCAUCUAGUCGACUCAGUUAUCAAAGAGAUCAACACUUUUCGCCUCGAGAACUCAGAUUGCUCGCAGGCUUUGUGCCAAAUUUUGGCCGUACUGCGCCGUCUGGACACCGUACAUUCUUUAUAUCCAAAUCUCAAAGCAUUCUAUCUCGAUAAACCUGAAGCCACCGAACCCGCAUUUCAGGCCCGAUCCGAUACACUCAAUACAUGGGCUACGGUUUUGGAUACCCUUCGCCACCAGGCUGCCGUUCUACGCCGAUGGACUGGAAGCGAAGCAUUGGACGUCACACAACCUAAUACUUCGGGGGAGAUACCCAUAAAUCCCAAUCAGCGGCAUAAUGGACAGCCCGAAGUUGCUGAUGGAUCCAGUUUCGUGGAGCGAAUGUUGAAAGAAGAGUCCAUACAGCGGAUGUUCGAGAAAGGGUCCUUGGUCACUGUGCACGCGUCCGUUGCCGCCGCUCGAGAUGCUCAAGUCAACCUUGCAGGUCUUUUUGAAGAAAUGAAUCUCCCAACAUUCGAAAACGAACUCCUUCCCUUGAUAUCCUUCCCAACUAAACUUGCACAGGCUUGUUUACAUCUCCGACUAGCCUAUGUUCAAAAAAUCAAGGAGCCUGAUAUGCUCAUCCUCGACCAAAUGAUAGAUGAUCUCAAACUAGGCAUUGGUUUGGCAUGUACCCUGAAACGACAAUACGAAGCAUUUUUAGCGCCAGAUCCCGGUGGAAAGUGGAAUCUACCAUCGUGUAUCAAUGCUGACUAUGAUGCUAGUAUUCUUGAUUCUAUGAGCAUAUUUUUUCGUCUAAUUCAUUGGAAAUUGAAAGGCGGAGCAAAGGGCGUAUAUUUCAAAGAGACUGAUGUGUUGGAGGCCCAAUGGGCAACUUUGAAUGAUGUUGGGCUGUCCGUUUCUGGAGGAUCAAGCUUAGUCGCGGAACAGAUUUGCUCUCUAACCAAUCGACUCAUGGUUCGUGUCAUCAAUUAUUUUGACACUCAAGUUCGUGUCCCGACAUCUGCUACGGCGGCCGCUGCAGCAGCGAUGAACGGAAAAGCCAAGGACGCAAAAUACACCUUUGAGGAACAUAUGAGUGAUCCAUCCACACGCGCUAUGACCGACGAGCAAAAAGUUAGCUGGUACGGCAAAGUAUUAGACAGUGUGCGUUUGCGGUAUCGUAAGCUUCAACGAUUUGCAAGAGAUCUCACCCACCGCUUCAGCAACUCUGCUGAAUAUAGCCUCGAAGGUCUUGAACAACUUGAUCACUUCAUUGAAUGCUUGGUUGCCACCGACCAUUUCCUCGUGUACACUCACACAUAUGAAGAAGAGGGUAUGUACGUUGUUGCUUCAAACUCCCUCUUCGAUCGUCCCAACGAGAUGCAGCGUAUCUUUACGGAAGCCUUCCAAGUCUACGAAAUCACCGACGACAAUGGCACCCACAUCGUCGAACCAGAGCCUGAUUACGAGGACUCACAGUAUCUUCUUGUCCUGUCCCCCCGGCAUCAGUUCACAUGGCGAGGUCGCGUAAUGCUCUUAGAGUUGCCCAAAAUUAACCUCGAAAUGAAGGACGAUCGUGUGCGACUCAUAGCAGAUGGCCCCCAAAGCCGGCUCGCAAUUGCGAAACAAUUAUUCGCUGAAUCGUUUCUGUCUGUGGAUGAGAAUGAUUCGGACGACAUUCGCCCUCUUACGUGUCUUUCAGAUCAACAAGCUCACUUGCCUACGGUCAAUAGGGAACUUCGCAAGAUUGCACGUGCUACGAUGCGUCUCGCAGAGUCAAUUGUGGAUUCGGUUCACCAUGUCCGUAGCUCGAUGAAGAUGUCGACAGGAUGCCAAGAGCUCAUGGAAAACUGGUACCUCUUUGCCUCAGAACAUGGUCAACACGCUCAGAAAUUUAUGGAUCGAUCCUCACUGCUCCGUUUCAAUCGUCUCUUAAUCAAGCUCGCUAUCUCAUGGGUGUCGUUCAUAUGCGACGAUUGCCCUCCCAGUGAUAGAAAGACGUUCAAGUGGGCCGUAAACGCACUUGAGUUUGCGUUUCAGAGGACAAAACGAAAUAUCCUUCAUCUACCCGACGAACAGUUCCAGAUGCUUCGGCAGAAAGUUGGGAACUGCAUCACCUUGCUAAUGGGUCACUUCGAUAUCCUCGGAGCUCGUUCAUCCCUCGAAGCUCUGAGAGAAAAAGAGAGACAAGAACAGCAGCGCACACCGAGGAUGGACGCUCUUCUCAAUGCCGAAGACGAAAAUACUCCCGACGAUGGGUUGUCAUUACCUGACAGCGGUGCGCGAAAUUUUUGGACCCAAGUCUCAAAAGCAAUCCAAGAAGUCGAAGGGCAACGAGUCGUGGUUGGUACUGAAUUCCGGAUACUCGGGCGUGUCUUGGACACAGAGAAACUUGAAGACCGGUCACUUGUAUUCCUGGCCUCCUCGACUUCGAAUAUUUCAAUACGCUGGCAACAAGGCAGGUUCAUUGGUGCCGGUGCCUUCGGAUCUGUUUAUCUUGCUGUCAACCUCGAUAAUGGAGGACUUAUGGCGGUGAAAGAAAUCAAGUUCCAAGAACUGUCUGGUAUUCCGAACCUUUACUCUCAAAUCAAGGACGAGCUCAGUGUUAUGGAGAUGCUCCAUCAUCCUAACGUAGUUGAGUAUUAUGGAAUUGAGGUUCAUCGAGAUAAAGUCUAUAUUUUCGAAGAAUACUGUCAGGGUGGUAGCCUUGCCGCGUCUUUAGCACAUGGGAGGAUAGAAGACGAAAGGAUUAUUCAGGUAUACACGAUGCAAAUGCUGGAAGGGCUCGCCUAUCUUCAUUCCAGAGGCAUAGUCCAUCGUGAUAUAAAACCAGAUAACAUUCUUCUGGAUCAUUUGGGCGUGAUCAAGUUUGUUGACUUCGGUGCAGCCAAGAUACUCGCGAAGAACCAACGAUCAAUGGCGGCGCGUUCUCGUCGAGCUGAUAGCGACCCCACAAAUGCAGGCGGUCUUGGUAUGAACAACAGUCUCACGGGAACUCCGAUGUACAUGUCUCCUGAGGUUAUCAAGAACGAUAAACGAGGUCGACAUGGAGCGAUGGACGUUUGGUCAUUAGGGUGUGUAGUACUUGAAUGUGCAACCGGGAGAAAGCCUUGGAGUAAUCUCGAUAAUGAAUGGGCAAUCAUGUUCCACAUUGGUGUCGCGACUCAACAUCCCCCCCUUCCAGAACCUGAUCAGCUCAGUGAACUGGGUAUUGCAUUCAUUAAACAAUGUCUAACGAUUGAUGCUAUGCGUCGGCCCAGCGCAGACGAGCUUCUUGGUCAUCCCUGGAUGAUCGAGUUUCAAGAAGCAUUGGCGAGUUACGAAGAAGACGAGAUCGCAAACGAUCCUCCGAGAGAAAUGCCGCCCGUGGAAAACUUCGCUAACGCAACUGUUGCGCGUCAAGCUGUUAUCAUUCAGGAAAAAGAAGUGGAGAACAUAACUCGGGCAUCACCGACCUCCGAAUUGGGUUCAACACCCGAGGAAACCUUUUUGGAGUCAGUAUAA